UCCUUCUCUCCCUCCUCCUUCUCUCCCUCCUCCUCCUCAUGUUCCUGAUCCCUUUUCCUCUGCUCCUCCUUUUCCCUUAGAGCCAUACACGUGCUCUCCUGCAGCUGCUGCUCUUGUCAAAAAACUGACUCGCAAUCCGAUAUCAAUCCUGUCAGAAUUCUGUCAAAUAGAAAAGCUUGCUUUCUCUCUCUCUGUAGUCAGGGAGCAUGGUCCAGAUCACUCUAGGACAUUUACCAUUGCUGCUUCUUGUCCUCCAUUUUAUGCCGAAGCUGAUGCAACGACCAAGAAAGAGGGAAGAAGAAUGGCAGCAGAACUGGCCUUGCAGAGAAUUCGUGCUUGCAUUGUCGUGGGCAAAAAAGAAAGCACUGGUCUUACUUGGUUUGUAGAUACGACUCCGUCUGCCGAGGGAGAGGAGGAAGAGGAAAGAGCUGGCAAAGACACUGAACUAACUUUUCACGAUCAUAUUGACAGUGUAGCUCAUUCACUACACACAAGGUUGGAAAUAGCUCUUGGCUUGCCCCAGCCAGGUCGUAAAGUCAUGGCUUGCUUUAUUAUGGAGGACUCCGAGACUGGACAGCUCGAGGUUGUUUCGUUUGGUACUGGAACGAGAACAGCCUCGGGCGACCUAUUGGAUCUUAAAGGUGAGGUCGUAUUUGAUUCUCAUGCUGAGAUUAUUGCUCGACGUGGUCUUAAAAUGUUCCUUUACCAAGAGCUCCAGGUCUAUUAUGACGGAGGGGAUGACGUUGAGACGAUUUUUGAAGCAAAUGAAGAUGGCAAGGAGCUGACUUUGAGAGUAAAGAAAAGCAUAAAAUUUCACUUGUACAUAUCUACUGCACCUUGUGGUGAUGGGGCCCAGUUCUCAAGACUGGACAACGAUAACCGAUUGCCUCCUCCCCCAGGCUCACCCCACGUCCCCACUAAUAACGGUAAAUCCCAAGGCGUCCUCAGAACCAAGAUGGAGGGAGGAGAAGGGACCAUACCGAUUGGGCCAGAGACCCAACCACAGACGUGGGAUGGUAUCAUUCAAGGAGGCAGGCUUAGAACAAUGUCGUGCAGUGAUAAGAUUGGCAGCUGGAACGUACUAGGACUUCAAGGAAGUCUCCUCAGUCUCUUUGUGGAGCCUGUCUAUCUCUUCUCUUUAUCUCUCGGCAGUUUACAUCACCACGGUCACCUCUCUCGUGCCGUCUGCUGUCGUUUCCAUGAUCUUGGCCCAUACCUACAGCCUCCUUAUAAGGUCAACCAUCCUCUCCUUGGAAGAGUGAAAGGUGGGGACGAUAUGCCAAGACAUACAGAGAAGACAAGUAAUUUAUCAAUGAAUUGGGUAAUAAACGACGAUAAACCAGAGCUGAAUGACGGGACUACAGGACGUCCCACCUCCUCCUCUUCUUCCCCGCCUGUGUCCCCUGGCACCUCUCAAUUAUCAAAGAGCAACCUCUUUAACGAGUUCCUCUCCCUCUCCUCUGUCAGUGGCCAUACUGACCAUCUCCGUGUCCAGAGCUAUGCUGAAGCUAAGAGCCUUGCUGUUGCUUACCAGGAGACUAAAGGAUUGCUUCACAAGUAUUGCAUGGAGAAAGGGUUUGGGCUCUGGAUGAAGAAACCUCCAGAAAUUGACCAGUUCAGUCAUAAAGAAGAAUCAAUGGAUGUAUAGAGAAAUUGAAACUAAUGAUUUAUUAAUUUAAUCACUUUCUGUAAAAAUUAGUUAUGAAAUG